AUGAACUCGGUGGCGAAGCGAGCAGUGAUCCUCUUGACCCGCCCAAGUGCGUCUCUAGGCUCGGUGAAUUGGGAGCUGCAGCAGAGGCGUGCAAUCCGAGUGAAAGUGAGGAACAACAACCUGGAUCAAGCCCUGACCCUUCUGCAGAGAAAGAUGCAGUCGAGCGGGAUCGAACGUUUGAUAAAGAAUGAGCAGACUCACCAUAUCAAGAACUCGGAGAAGCGUGUGCUGGCCCAAAAGAAUUUGGAGCGCAAGAUUCGUGGCCAGGACCUCGCGCGGAAGCUUAAAGCCAUCCUCGUCAAAAAAGUCAGGGGUCUGUAA